AUGUGUUCAGAAAAAGAAAAAAAAGCACAGGAGCUAUCCUCGGACAACGCUGCCUUAGCUCGUAGUGAAACCAGAGCCAGCGAGGCCAUACUAUAUUCUGUAUUUUCAAAGACCCAGAAGAUAUACAUAGUUUUUUGUGCGUCAUGGGCUGUUUUCUUCUCGCCUGUGUCUUCGCAGAUUUACUUUCCAGCGUUAAAUACUGUAGCUCAUGAUCUGCAUGUCUCGAGUGCCUUCAUCAAUCUGACCCUAACAAGUUACAUGAUCUUUCAAGGACUGUCGCCCAUGUUCGUUGGCGACUUUGCAGACAAAGCAGGCCGACAACCAACCUACGUUGGAUGUUUUAUCCUAUACAUAGCAGCCAAUAUUGGAUUUGCGCUGCAAAACAGCUAUGCCGCACUUUUAAUCUUCCGUUGUUUGCAAAGUAGAGGAAUUAGCACCUCUAUUGCGCUCAGCUCGGGGGUGGUGUCGGAUGUUGCAACUGCCGCAGAGCGGGGUUCAUAUAUGGGGUUUGUGAUGGCUGGGACGCUAAUGGGGCCCUCCGUUGGUCCAGUGAUCGGAGCUCUGCUAGCACAGUAUCUAGGAUGGAGAGCUAUAUUCUGGUUCUUGACAAUAUUCGCGGGAGUGGUCGGCAGCGGCUCGAUUCCGCCUCCAAUAUGGAACCUCUCACUGAUUAACUGGUACCCAAGAAGGACGGAAGAACAGAAUGCACACAAUAUUUCAGAAAGGCCACACAGGAUCAGCUUUCCAAACCCUCUCAAAACACUCUCCAUCAUCUUCAGAAAAGACACCAGCAUGAUCCUCCUCUCAAACGCCAUUCUCUUCGCUGGAUUCUACGACACAUACAACCUAACCGAGCUCCAAUUUGGCCUCUGCUAUAUCCCCUUCGGUCUCGGCGACACAAUCGCCUCAAUCAUCUCUGGUAAAGCCCUAGACGACAACUACCGGCGUCUAGCAAAACGACCCGGCUUCCCUCUCCACGGAACUCGUCCCAGGGAGAUGAGAGGUUGCCCCGUUGAGAAAGCCCGUCUCCAAUUUGCCUUCCCUCUGCUGACCAUAGGAAGUCUCGCCGUGACUGCAUUCAUAUGGGUGCUGUAUUUCCGUGUUCGUCUGGCCGCUCCCACGACGAUCCUAUUUGGGAUGGGGUUGGGAUUAACCGGAGCUUUCAACAUGGCUAGUACGUUGCUUGUAGAUCUGUAUCCAGCGAACACGUCUGCGGUGACGGCGGCUAAUAAUCUUGUUCGUUGUCUGCUUGGUGCUGGGGCUACGGCUUUGGUUGAUCCUAUGUUGAAUGCUAUGGGCUGGGGUUGGUGUUUUACUUUCAUUGCGUUAGUUAUGUUGGCUGUGGCGCCGUUAUUGGGGGGUGGUUGUUAG